AUGAAAAACAAAAUUAGCUCACUUGAGACAUCAUCCAUGGCAUUCGACACAUCUUUGCUACUUUCGAACACUUGUGGAUCAAUAAUUGAGAAGUCAAAGUUCUAUCUUCAGAGAAAAAUAUGUUUAGAUAGCAACAGACGAAAUGAUUUCAGCUUGGUGAACCGAUCCAAAGAUACUCUAAUUUCUGGGAUUAAAGCAAUAAACAGUGAUUCAAAUCACUCACUACUAAGAAUUCCAAGAUCCACCUCACAGUCUCAGUCCAAUCACUUGAAAAAUGAAAAAGGUUCAGAUAAUAAAAAAUUAGCAGUAAAAAGGGCAAGAAGCUCAAAAUGUUUAAAAAGUAUAGACCGUACUAAUAAAACUUCUAAAAAUACAAUCCCUGCCAAAAGAGCAUUUAUAUCAAGCGUGAGUCCUGAGCCUAACCUGCUUGCCAAAGAAGAAAGAAAUUUAUCGGUAAAACUACUAAAAGAAGAUAGUUUGAAACAUAAAAUUUCUAUUAAAUUAUUGAAAACAAAAAGCUCAAACUGAAUUGUGCUUAAAACUCCAGACAUCAGAGUUAUUAAAUCUCCAUUUAAAGAUGGGAAUUACCCUAUAAAUAAUAAUAAGAAAUCAAAUGAAACCAUAAAAACCCCAAAUGAGGAUAAAUCUGAUAUCGAAAAAUUAAUUGAAAGUCAAGCUAUAUGAAAAGAGAGAAAUAAAAAUAAAUUUAUUGAAAUCCACCCAAUAAACAAUGAAGCCCAUUCAGAGCCAAUACUUGAAUCAAGAAAUUCAGAGAUCUCAGAUAUAAAAUCUGUAGCUGAAAAUAAUACUGAGAGAAGCAUACCAAGUUAUAGGGUUUCUUCGGUAAGCCAUAGAACAUCAAGGUUCAGAAUUGCUAGAAAAGUUCUAAAUUCUAAUGAUAGAAGCAAAAGACCUACAGCUAGAGAAGAAAAGGUACUAACUCCCCCCCCUCCGUGAGUGAACAAAAAAAUUUUGUUCACUCACGGAGGGGGUUAAUUUUUUUUUUUUUUAAAAAAAAAAUUAUAUAUAAAUUUUAUAAGAAACAUUUUUUUCGAAAUUUAAAAAAAUCCUAAUUCACAAAAAUUUGAAAGCAAAUAUUAAUUUAAUUUAUAAAAUUUAUGUUUUAAAAAGCAAUUUGUUUAAAAUUAAACAGAAUUAGCUCUAGAUUUUAUUAUACUAAUUAUCAUUUAUAUAUCAAAAUUUUUUUUCCAUAAAAAAUUUUUUCUAUUAAAAAAUUUUUGUUCACUAUCUAUGGAGGGUGGGUUUUUGGGCAAAAAAUAGGGAUUUUUCUAAUGGUUUUGCUUACUCACGGAGGGGGGGAGUAAGAGACAUAAUGAAUUAUGAAUCACUUGUUGAAAAUAUUCGGGAAAAAAGCAAAAAAGAUCCUUUAAUUGACGGUCAAGCCAAAAAAUUAAAGCAAAGCAUAAUUAAUGAUGAAAAUUAUAAAGAGAUUUCCUUAGAAGUACUGAAAGAUACUUCAUUUUUUGCUGAAAAAAUAAUGAAGCAGAUCAGAAACAAGCACAGCAGAGUCAUAUAA